AUGUUAUUUGAAUUCAUGACAAGUGAACCAAGACGUCCACCACCAAAAACAAUUAAAGAUCUUAAGGACCGAAAUUAUACGCUUUAUACGAUGGAAUACGGAACGUUUAAUGCAAUGAUUAAGAAUGAGAAGGAAAAUUGGCCUGUCAUCAAGCCAUGUACAUAUGAACAGUUUCUCUACCUCUACCUAACGCAAUCACAAAAUGCAUCAGCCAAGACAGCACUAUUAAUAUCUGACCUUUUUGAAUCAUAUGCUGAGUACACAACACGAGAAAGUGACAAUUGGAUAAAAUUAGAGGAAGCAAUGCAUGUCACGCACGGAGGUCUUGUAACACAUCCUAAUGCCUACUUUUUUGAAAUGAUUGAAAAUACUAUUGAUUCUCUAAUAGACACUGGAGUUAUUCGUUACCUUAUUGAAAGUGAUAUUGGAACAAAAAUUAAAUUUGGACAUUCAGAUAGUGAGCCAAGUGUUCUCAGCAUGAAUGAUCUCUCGUUUGGAUUUAAUAUUUGGCUUGGAUUUUGUGUUUUGUCGGCUGUAAGUUUUGUGUUUGAACAAAUUGGAUGGCUAAUUAAGAAUUGUCAAUCGAGAGUGGAAAUUUUAAGGAGUCCUAGCUCAAUUUCUAGCUCUUCGAGUUGGCAUCGUUUUUUUAACUAA